AUGGAUUCCGAGCAGCGGCCCGCGGCAGCAACGGCGGGUGCGGGAGACGGAGGAACCCCGGGGCUGGAGGCGGUCCCCCCGCCUGCCCCCGGCCCGGCUGCCGCCGUCCCAGGACCCUCGCCCGUGCCGGGGCCUGAACCGGGGCCCGGGCCGAUGAGGCGGCAGCUCGGGGCCCUGCUGCAGCCAGCCGUCAACAAGUUCUCCCUCCGGGUGUUCGGCAGCCACAAGGCGGUGGAGAUAGAGCAGGAGCGGGUCAAGUCAGCUGGAGCCUGGAUCAUCCAUCCCUACAGCGACUUUAGAUUUUACUGGGACCUGAUCAUGCUACUAUUAAUGGUGGGGAAUCUUAUUGUCCUCCCCGUGGGCAUCACCUUUUUCAAGGAGGAAAACUCCCCACCCUGGAUUGUCUUCAAUGUCCUCUCUGACACCUUUUUCCUGCUGGAUCUGGUGCUGAACUUCAGGACAGGGAUUGUGGUGGAAGAAGGGGCAGAGAUUCUUCUGGCUCCCCAUGCCAUCCGCACUCGCUACCUCCGCACCUGGUUUCUGGUGGAUCUCAUCUCCUCCAUUCCAGUGGACUACAUCUUCCUUGUGGUUGAGUUGGAACCACGAUUGGAUGCUGAGGUUUACAAGACAGCCCGGGCCCUUCGAAUUGUGCGUUUCACCAAGAUCCUUAGCCUUCUUCGGCUGCUCCGCCUCUCCCGCCUCAUCCGAUACAUCCACCAGUGGGAGGAGAUCUUUCACAUGACCUAUGACCUGGCCAGUGCUGUGGUUCGGAUCUUCAAUCUCAUUGGGAUGAUGCUACUGUUGUGUCACUGGGAUGGCUGCCUACAAUUCCUGGUCCCAAUGCUCCAGGACUUUCCUCCUGACUGCUGGGUCUCCAUCAACCACAUGGUGAACCACUCGUGGGGCCGCCAAUAUUCUCAUGCCCUCUUCAAAGCCAUGAGCCACAUGCUAUGCAUAGGCUAUGGGCAACAAGCACCUCAGGGCAUGCCAGAUGUCUGGCUCACCAUGCUUAGCAUGAUUGUGGGUGCCACGUGCUAUGCCAUGUUCAUUGGUCAUGCCACUGCCCUCAUCCAGUCUCUUGACUCAUCCCGUCGUCAGUAUCAAGAGAAGUAUAAGCAGGUGGAGCAGUACAUGUCCUUCCACAAACUGCCGGCUGAUACCCGUCAGCGAAUCCAUGAGUACUAUGAACAUCGCUACCAGGGAAAAAUGUUUGAUGAAGAGAGCAUCCUGGGAGAGCUGAGCGAGCCACUGCGUGAGGAGAUCAUUAACUUCACUUGUAGGGGCCUGGUGGCCCACAUGCCCCUGUUUGCUCAUGCUGACCCCAGCUUCGUUACUGCUGUGCUCACCAAACUUCGAUUUGAGGUCUUUCAACCAGGUGACCUCGUGGUACGUGAGGGCUCAGUGGGCAGAAAGAUGUACUUCAUCCAACAUGGACUACUCAGUGUGCUGACCCGUGGUGCCCGGGACACUCGUCUCACUGAUGGCUCUUACUUUGGCGAAAUCUGCCUACUGACUAGGGGCAGGCGAACAGCUAGCGUGAGGGCUGACACCUAUUGUCGCCUCUACUCACUCAGUGUGGACCACUUUAAUGCUGUGCUAGAGGAAUUCCCCAUGAUGCGGAGAGCCUUUGAGACAGUGGCCAUGGACAGGCUGCACCGAAUUGGAAAGAAAAAUUCCCUGCUUCAGCGGAAGCGUUCAGAACCCAGUCCAGGAAGUGGUGGUGGUGGAGUCAUGGAACAGCAUCUGGUACAGCAUGACCGGGACAUGGCCCGGGGAGUGAGGGGGCUGGCCCCGGGCACUGGUGCUCGCCUGAGUGGGAAGCCGGUGCUGUGGGAGCCCCUGGUCCAUGCCCCACUGCAGGCGGCUGCAGUCACCUCAAACGUGGCCAUUGCUCUAACCCACCAUCGGGCCCCUCUGCCCCUCUCCCCAGACUCUCCUGCUGUUCUUCUUGCUCGCUCUGCUCGACGCUCAGCUGGCUCACCAGCCUCACCGCUGGUGCCUGCUCGGGGACCCCCUUUGUUGGCUCGAGGGCCUUGGGCAUCCACGUCCCGCCUACCUGCACCAGCAGCCCGAACUCUUCAUGCCAGCUUAUCCCGGGCAGGACGCUCGCAGGUUUCCCUGUUAGGUCCCCCACCUGGUGGGGGUGGACGUCGGCUAGGGCCCAGGGGACGUCCACUUUCAGCAUCACAACCAUCACUUCCUCACCGAGCAGCUGGGGAGGGCUCCCCUGGGCGCAAGGGCUCAGGAGGUGAUCGCUUGCCCCCCUCGGGGCUCUUAUCUAGGAUCCCAGGCACCGCCCAACCCCUCAGGCCUCCUGCCUCUGAUCCAGGUACCACAAGGGGCCCCCAACUUCCUGCUAAUAUGUGAGAACUCCUGGGUACAUCUAACCUUGAUUGUGAGAGAAGGUGUGGGUGCUUUGAUGUCUAUGGGUACCACAAACAAAGCAUCACACACUGUGGAUGUCUCCCUUAACUGCUAAGUGGAAGUGUCUACAUAACCCUUAGCUCAGCUAUCCCCCUGCCUGACAAGCCUCCAUCACUGCCAAAUAGAAGUAUCUCAAUGCCCUUUGCUCAGAGCAUUCUCCUGGCCACAGACCUUCCCACAUAUAGGCCCCUUUCCCUUUCCACUCAACAAGGCAUGAGGAUCUUCUUAUCCUCAUCACUGCCAAGUAGAAAAAUAUCUUCUCCUCUUCCAGCUCCUGCAUCCCUCUGCUCAUGAGCCCUUUCGGGACAGACAUCCCAUGACUGCCUAGUGUGGCUACCUUCCUGUUCCCCUAUCACUGCCAAAAUCACAGGCCUCAUGCCCCUCAUCUGGG